UUCUCUGUACCUAUAUUUUCGAAGUUCAUUUGAAAAUUACAUAAUAUACCUAUUGUGUUACUUUUAUCAACGUUUUCAAUUUUCUCUCUGACGGAUCAGAAGAAAAACCAAUUAAUGUACCCAUAAUCCAAUUUAAAUAUAUUGAAUAUAAAAAACACCUAUAUAUAUAUUUAGGUGUAGGUAUUAUAACUUCGAUAAAUUAUUAUAUGUUAUCAUUGAAAAUUAAUGACAAGAAUAUCCGAACAGUUUUUACAUGAUAUUGGUAAAUUUGGUAACGGUUUACAACGUCGAACAAUAUUAUAAGGAACAAAACGUUUGAUGCUGGAGAAUAUCAAAUACAACAUUAUAUAACACUGUGUAACGAUAUUAGAGGAAAAAAAUGAAAUUGAACAGAUAAAACGCAGGGCUGUAUAUAGAAUAGCAGAAAAGUUGAAACAAAUGCACCAUAGUACGUUAUGUUAUUCGUUCAAAGUUUUAAGAAAUAUACUUAAAAUCAAAUAAAAAUGAAUUUCUAUCAGAAUUGCAUCGUAUUCUUUAUAACUCAUAAGUAUGUUUUAUGGAUUCUGAUAUCACAACAAAUUCUAUACACAUCUACUGUUACUUCAAAUCAUUUUGACUAUGAAGUAUCGGAAAAAAGUGGUUUACCGUUCAUGAAUUAUCAUGGUACACCUGAAACUAAAGAUGACAUGGAAAAGAAGGACGCUAUGGACACAUAUAAUUUAGCUUUAUCAAAUGAUAUGGAUGAUGUGGAUGAUAUAGAUGGUGAACAAUAUAGUUAUGACAGUAAUAAUCCACACAGUAUAGAGAUUCCAUUUUAUUGGGUUAUUGAUGUUAAUGGCCGAAAACAUAAAAAAAAAUAUCCUCACGCUCAUUUACGAAAAUCGAGAGAUGUAAAUUAUAAAAAAACACAUCACAAAUCACCAGCGAAAUCAAGUAAAAAUAAUGAUCAUGAAUUGGAAAAUCAUUUAAAAAAAAAAGAAAAAAGAAGUAGAUAUAAAAAAUUGAAUGAUUACAAGCACGAUAAUGAAGAAUUAGUAAAACAUUUAAAACACAAGGUUGGCAAAAAAACAAAUAAAAUAUUAAAAGAUGAAUCAAGACAUAGAUUAAGUAAAGAUCACCAGGUUUUGACAAGUAAGAAAUCUAAAAAACCAUCAUCUCAUAAAAUACGCAAGAGAUCAAGUAAAAUAUUAACGGAUACAACAAUAGAUAAUAUGUCAACGAAAGAUUCAAAUGAAUUGAAUAAAAAAGUGAGUAAAAUAACCGGAUCUAGCUCAGAAGAUUCAAGUAAUUCAGACAAAGACAUAAAAAAUGUAGCAAAAAUACAUUCAAGUGAAAAUUCAAAUAAAAAAACAGAAAAUAUAUCAAAAAAUCAACCAAAAUUAGAAACACAUAAUGAGUUAGAUAAAACCUCAUAACAAUGCAAAGAAUAAGAAUCAAAAUCUUAGUUCAAGUAGUAAAAUAGAUAAACCAAGUAAAAAUUAAAAGAAGCUCACGCCAA